AUGGCAGCCCUGGGGAGCACACCAGCCCCAUGCCAUGGGCCCAUCCCAUCAGGGCCCAUAUACUCUGCCCCCUGGCAUGGAGAUGGCGGCGCCCAGGAUCAGCCUGGACAGCCAGCAAAAUCCUGCCCGAGUCCCCUCACCCAUGGAGGGAAGUCUACAGCGGGAUUCAGUUCACCGCCAGCUGAUUCAGGUCCAAGUGGACCCUCGGCAGCCAGCGCCAACCCCCCUCAUCCACCAGCCUCUGCAGCCACCCCCGGGCUUCUCCCGGCCUCCCUUUGGUGUACCUCUGCCAAUGCCACAGCACCCUCACCCCAGCACCAGUGA